AUGCAGAAAAUCACCGCCAGAGUGGACCACAUCAAAUUCGACUUGGAGAUGUCCAUGGAGCAACAGUUCGGGGCCCAGCCGCUGUCCUUCCCUGGCAUGUAUAAGUCAGGGGCUGUUGUCCUCAAGUUCUUUUUGAAAGCUGUAUGUGGCAAAGGUGGCAUAUGUCCAUUCCGCAACAUUAGUGAUGAGAAGACAGUUGUGUGCAAACACUGCCUAAAAGGACUGUGCAAGAAAGAGGACCAGUGUGAGUUUUUACAAGCGUAUGAAAUGAAGCUGGGAGAGUACGACAUGACCAAGAUGUGCUAAUGAUACUUUUACUCCAAGUUCUAGGAAUGCAGCAACAAACACAGUCCCCUGUGCAGGCACCAACACACUGGGAGAGUCAUUUAUGUUAAUUACCUCCUGGGAUUCUUCCCUGAGGGACCCUCAUGUAAAUUCAUUCACCCUCGAUUUGAACUACCCAUGGGAACCACUGAGCAGCCCCCACUACCACAGCAGAUACAGCCUCCAACAAAGUAA